AUGAUAAUCAAUGAUCUAGCAUUUAAUCCUGAUUACUCAUCAUUAUCAAUCUCAACUUCUGAAAAUCAUAAAAUUUUCAAUUGUGAUCCAUUUGGUGAGUUAUAUUCAUCGGCUCAAAAUCCAUUACGAAAAUCACUUUCAAAUUCAAUUGAAAACGAAGAGCAACAACUGCAAACCGCUAAACCGGUUGAACCAGAUGUUUAUCCUACGAAAUUAUUAAAGAUGUUGUUCUCAACAAGUUUAACGAUCAUAGUACCUGAGGACGACAACAUAUUAAAGAUUUAUAAUUUGAAGCAAAAUUUAAAAAUAAUGGAUUUAAAGUUUGAAUCACUGGUAAUUGAUGUGAAGUUGAAUCGAAAAAGGUUAGUUGUCGUUUUACAACUGGGUGAAAUCCAAAUAUAUGAUUUAAGUUGUUUAAAAUUGUUGAAGACUUUAAAAAUCAAAUCUACAAUUGAACAUGGAUUUAUAGGGGAUUUAAGUAUAAAUGAUUUAUCUUGGUUAUGUCUACCUUUAAAUUCAUUAAAUGACUCAUCACUAGUUAAUGAACAGUUAAAUGAAUAUAUUGCGAUAACACCGAAGAUUAAAGAAACUAAGAUAUUGGACAAUCCCAAGAUUACAAUCGAUGAUUUAAACAAGGAAGGUCAUGGUUGGUUAUUAGUUUACGAUACUAUCAAUUUAAAACCGAUGAUUAUAUUCAAAGCUCAUGAUUCGGAAAUUGGUAAAAUAUCGAUAUCACAUCUAGGUUCUAAAAUUGCCACAGCAUCCACUAAAGGCACGAUAAUACGAGUGUUUGACCUUGUACAAAAUGAAGAAGACAAAGUUACAUUAAGUAGUGUGAAAAAUUUAAGACGUGGUCAUAAUUUAACUACCAUUAAUUCAUUAAGUUUUCAUAAUCAAGAUUUAAUUUUAGGUUGUGGAUCUGAAUCUAGUACAAUACAUUUAUUCAAAUUGAGUGAUAAAGAUAUAAAUUUAGAUGAGAAUGAAGAUGGAAGGGAUAUUUAUGAUCAUAGUGAUGAACAAAGUGACGGAGAAGCAAAUAGAUCCUCAUCAGAUGAUUUGAAUGAAAGUCUUGCAAAUCUACUAUUAUAUUCUCAAGAAGAAAAACCACAACAACAAACUAAAUCAAAAUCAUGGUUCAAGAAAACAAAAAAGAAAUUUAUAAAUAAUCAAUAUACUUCAUCUAUACUUAAGAAUAUUCCUUACAAAGAUUUGUUUGAUAAUUUAAUUUGGGAACCUCCUACAAGAUCUUUUGCUUAUGUAAAAUUACCAGAACAUACUUAUCAACAACAUAAUAAAAAUAAAGUAGAAAUUGGAUUUUAUAAUGAUCUAAUAUUUAUUGCUUCUUAUCAAACUGGUAAAUUCUAUCAAUACCAACUACCUAAACAAAGGACUGGAAUAACUUUAAAGUCCAAUAAGGAUAAAUCAGACGACAAAGAAAACAAUCAACAUCGUGAGGAAUGCCUGUUGAUAAAUCAAUACGAUAUGAUAUAA